GAAGGCGACGUAUUGUCUAUCAUCACCAAGUAGUAGAUAUCACGCUGAACUAUACGAUUCGUCUGUUUACCUAAAUACGCCGAUAUGAUGCCUUGGCAUCUGAAGACGAAAGCACUCCUUGCGAAGUCGCGACAGCCAAGUCUUCUUGUGACAGUCAAUUUUGUCGCUCGUUCAAUACAGAGCAUACUGAUGCCUUUCAGUAUAAUCAGUGUCAUGCUACGUACACUUCAGUAUGGCUUCUAUCUCGCAAGUGCCUCAGUGCUUGCAGUCGGCGCCUGUCUAUAUGCCUUCCAGCUCAACAUAAUCUACCCUUCCAAUCUACCAAGUGGAUCAAGGACGGAAGUAGCUCUGCCAAGUCACUUUGAUAUGGAUAAUUUUGAAGAAGUCUGGCUCGAUACAGCCGAUGGCGAAAAGCUUCAUUGCUAUGCAAUGGUUCAUCGUGCUCAAAACUCCACACGGCCUACAGUGAUCAUGUAUCAUGCCAAUGCGGGCAAUAUGGGGCAUCGGUUGCCCAUUGCAAGUGUCUUACACAAUAAGAUGUCUCUGAAUGUGUUCAUGCUUUCCUAUCGAGGCUACGGCAAAUCGACUGGCCAAGCAGCAGAGAAGGGCCUCAAAAUCGAUGCCGAUACAGCAAUGGCGUAUAUCUUGAGUCAUCCACAGAUGUCAAAGACUCCAAUCUUUGUGUAUGGUCAGUCUAUUGGUGGUGCUGUGUCGAUAUACGUCACGGCGAAGAAUCAGAGCAAGGUUGCUGGGCUGAUUCUUGAAAAUACUUUCUUGUCCAUUGCCUCGCUCAUCCCAAGUGUCAUGCCCAUCGCAAGGCCUAUCGCCCGAUUUUGCCAUCAGAAAUGGGCAUCCGAUGAGUUAAUUGAUACAAUUGAGACGCCAAUCUUGUUUCUCAGCGGAUUGCAGGACGAAGUUGUGCCGGCUGGGCAGAUGAAAGCACUACAUGACGCCGCAACCAGAAGCCGGCUUCGAGUGUGGAAGGACUUUCAGGAGGGUACCCACAAUGACACUGUUAUGCAGUCUGGCUAUUUUGAAGCUGUCUUUGAGUUCAUCAACAAAGUAGCUCGUUAGAUAAUGAAAUGUGACUGCAUCUUUGUCUGACGUACACCGUUUGAGCGUCGCGGGGUGGCUCGACGCGACGACCAAGCUAGGCAAGACAAGGCCAGGGGGAGCUGCAAUGAAGGACGUGGCAUGAGACGUACCCAUUCUGUCAAGUCUUCAGGCCCGGUACGUCGACCGUUGGCUGGUGGAAACGCGGCGCUUGGUUCAUUGAAUGAUUUCGAGGAUGUCAGCUUGGAUAGCUUGCGUGAGCACAGGCCAUCGUUCCGUCGGACAGGAACCGGCUCGUCGGCUGGAAGUGCAGCCACAGGCACCAAUGGACAGAUGCGCCCGAAUGUUGGAAGAGUCGAGAGUCAUCUGAGGCAGCAGCCGCUCGUGGUCGACUCAACUGAGUCGUUACCAGGUACAUUGAGACACUCCAACACGCU